GUGGAUUGCUGAUGAUGAAAUAUUCCAAUACCUUCAAGUUGAUUUUGAAGACAUCUUCGAAAUAACAAAAAUAUCUUUCCAAGAUAGCGAUAACGGUUGGUAUACACGAACAUUUAGGAUAUCAUACAGUAUGGAUGGAUAUGUGUGGAUGCCAUAUAAAAGCCGAUUGUCUGACGAAGCUUUUGGAAACAUAUUUGAAAGACAAUGGAAGUCAACAACAACGGAGCUUAAUCCUUCAUUAAAGGCUCGAUAUUUGACGUUUACCCCUGUGUCGUAUUAUAAACGUCCUUCAUUGCUGAUAGAAUUAUACGGAUGUCAACACGCCAAGGCAUCAGCCGUGUUUGCCACAACCGUACAACAGAAUAUUGAAAUUGACACAACAUGGAUUCCAAGCCAAAGCCCUAUUCUUGUAAACAGUACAAUUGUUGUCCAUCCGGCAGCAACAUUGACGAUACAAGCGGGGGUAGCUGUGAUAUUCACCUCAAAGAGUGCCGGAAUCCAAAUUUGGGGUACACUUGUUUCAAACGGAAUAUCUGGACUUAAUGUAUUAUUUACAUCUAAAUAUCCAGUCUUGUUUGCUCACUCACAGUGGAGUGGUAUAAUACAGGAAAAUGGAGGAAACAUAACUCUCGAUAGUACAAGUAUUCGACAAGCAUUUACAGGCGUACAAGGGAAUGGGUCCCGCGUCAGAAUGGACAAUUGUGAGAUAUAUUCAUGCGUCAGUGGUAUUCGAUUAUACGGCGGAGUUUCUGACAACAUCACAGAUAUCAACACCAAACGUAUGAUAUUGGCUCAUGUUUUUGCCCAUGAUAACACGGAUGGUCUUCAAGUAAUUGGCACAAGUCAGUAUACAGACAUUUACAUAGGACACUCAAAAUUUUAUUCUAACCUCAGAAAUGGAAUAUCGGUCUUUAACUGGGACACAGGAAAUUCACAGGACAUUCCUACCCACUUGUUUAUACACAACAGUUCAUUCAGCAAAAACUCAAAAGGUGGAAUUCGAUGUUAUGAUCAAUCGAUGACCAAAAUCAGCAUAAGGACAUCGGUAUUUUACAGUAAUUCAGACUUUGGUCUGCUUCAAGAACGUGUUGUACGAAAUAAAAUUUCUAUAUACUUAAAUGUAUCUGAUUCACAGUUUAUUGAAAAUGACAAUGGUAUCAAAUACUCUUUGUACUGCUCUUAUUACUAUGGAUGCAUAUCAGAGCAACUCAUUGAGAUUAUACUUAGAAAUAAUUCUUUUUCAAAAAAUAAUCAGGCAGUUGAUCUUUAUUGGCGGGAGCUUGAUAUCAGUAAGGAGAUUAAUAUCGCAGUAGAAAACAACACGUUUGUGUCAAAUUCAGGAGAUGUUAGACUUUCGUUUAAAUCGGAUGGAAAUGUUAGGGCUUAUGUAGAAAAUAACUCGUUCCAAACGUCACGUUUCCCACUACUAGCAAAAGGCAACACACUGAAUGACACGCUUUCCCUGCAGAAAAAUAAAUUUAUAUCCUGUCUAUCGAAAUACAGAAACGAUAUUUUUAUUGAUAUACACGACAUAUCUGCGCAGAUUUUGAACAAUAGCUUCGAGCAUUGUACGUUGUCUACAUGUGUUUUUCUACACCAAGGUUUAGGACAUUCCUUUGCUUUCAAUUCUUUCAUCAAUACAACUGUGACAUCUUGUUAUAUUUCAGUAGGCCAAACAUAUAACAGUGUUAGUGCUUUAAACAUUGAUAAUAAUUUCUGGGGAUUAUCUGAUAUUGCUGAAGUCAAAGCUAAAGUUUGUGAUUUCUUUAUUGACUCUUCAAAAGCCAUUGCUAAACUAAAUUACUAUUUUAUAAAUGAAGAGAUGGACAUCACCAGCACAGCUAAUUAUUUAGACUCCUUUCGUUCUAGUAUGGAUGUGCAAAAUAAUAUUACAUAUAUCGGUGGCAUAAUAGAUAGAAAUAUGGAUUUCUCCGACUUGAAUGGUCAUGAAGUGGUUUUAAGCAGAAGCUUAUUAGUUUCCAAAGGGGUAACUGUUGAAAUAGCCAAUGUGGGUAUAACCAUAAAGAGGAACAGAGGCAUCCAAGUAUAUGGUACCCUAACAAUCGGAACUCAGAAUGCUGUACAAAGUAACACUGUGUUGAAGUUAGAAGGCACAAUGAGCUCUAACAAUAAAUGGAAUGGUAUAAGCCUAUCAUCAGCAGUCGUACGUAUAUACAGCGUGUCUAUUUAUGGAAUGGAUACAUGUCUGGUAGUAAACGGAGCCAAUUCGACGAUCAUUAUAAGCAAUUACUCUUCGGUAGAUAAAAGCCUUAAACGUCUUCUAGAUGCUCGCAUAUCAAAUGGAACUAUUUCCGUGUUGAUUGAAAAUACCAACGUAAUCAGUUCUAGCUACAAUUCUUUAUUAAUGAUAUCGACAUUGGACAGUGAUGUGGAAUUAACAAUAGAAAGAUGUAGUUUCAAAUGCAAGGAUAAAAUACUGUCAGUUAGCAAAUCAACAUUAAAUGAUGAUAUAACACUUAUGAAUCUUUAUAUAUCAAGAAGUUCUUUUAUGUCAUCUUAUUUUAAUGGCAUGUUUCUUGAAGGUUGCUCCAGUCACAUUAAAUCAGUAAUUACAGACUCCGCUCUUUCGUCCACAAGUAAAUAUGAUCGGCUAAUUUCUUUCCGUUUUUUAUCAAUGGAUAUAUCUGUCAUUAAUAACAAGUUUGGUGAUUCUAAGGUGCCAUUAAAAUUUUCAUUAUGUAAUGGCAAAUCCACGAAUUACACUAAGGAAAUUAAUGUUAUAGGAAACAAUUUUAAUACCUCGCGUUUCAACGGUACUGAUUUGGAUAUGUAUCAACCUUCUUACGGACAGAGACACAUCAUCAACAUUGUCAAUAACACUUUCGAUGUCCAUCAUUUAAAAUCAAGAAAAGGUGUAAACUAUUACGGUUAUCUUAGGGGAAGUCCUCAUACACUUACAAUAGAUUCAAACUUAUUUAAAAAUUAUGAAACUAUUGUCAUCGGAAUAGACACUAUAUUACAAGAUAUGGUAAUGAGAAACAACACCUUUCUGUCAAACAAACUAUGUUUAUAUGUCACUGACAAAUUAGAAGAUGGUCUAAGGAUAGUAAGAAAUACAUUUGUAAAGAACAGUCACCAGAGCGGAAUAAUACUCUUAAGCUCAGAUGAAUUAGGACUCCUGACAUGUAACAUUACCGAGAACUACUUUGAAGACAACAACGGAACUGUGAUUUCAUUUAGAUGGCAAAAUACGAGACUGAAGCAUAAUAUAUUCGAUAACAGAUACGCAUUUUAUAACGUGAAGGUACUGCCAGAUGACAUAACAAAUAAUGAAGGAAGUAUCGAUGCGUCACUGAAUUAUUGGGGUACGACAGAUACAAGAGUUAUAUCCAAAGGAAUUUAUGAUUUUGACUUUGACAGUUCGUUAUUAGAUGUUAAAUUUAGACCUUAUUUGGGGUCAAAAAAUACAUCCGAUGUACAAAAUAUUGAUAUUGGCUUUAUUUCCGAAAGUGGUGAAAUUGGCGGAAAGGUUGACGGAAACGUAACGCUCAAAUUAAGUGAUAGUCCUUUUUUAGUGAUAUCAAAUAUCAAUGUCGAAGAAGGAGACACACUUAGAAUAGAAGCUGGAGUAAUUCUUAUAAUCAGGCAAGGAGCGGGUGUUUAUGUUAAAGGGAGGUUCAUAGUUCUUGGAGAGACGGAACUUCCGAUCAAAUUUAUUCCUGAGACCCCUGACCUUCCAUGGAGAGGAAUUGAGAUUCAUUCAAAUCAAGGUUGUGAAAUCUUCAACCUCAUUAUAAAUGAUACUGAAGUGGGAAUAACUAUUACAGAUCCUUCGUUUGACAUUUCAAAUCUGACCUCAUCGUUUUCACGUAAGUCUGGAUUGUCGGUUAUAUUUUCACAACGUCAAAGUGACAAUAACGGUACUUACGAAUUUUCCAAUCUAACAAUCAAUAAUAAUGAUGAAAAUGGUGUAACUAUUUCCGGUAGGUAUAGUCAAAUAUCGCAAAUAUUUAGCUUUUUGAUAAUUCAGAACAGUGUUAUAUCACAGAACAAGGAGAAUGGGAUAAAAAUGUUUUCAGAUGCCGGAGUUAUGUUCUAUAAGUGUGACAUAUCCCAAAAUGGUGAAAGUGGCAUAUACAUUUUCCAAUCUACGCGGAAUGAAAUGAUAUACGUUAACAAUUCAGUUAUUUCUUCCAAUCAAAACUAUGCAAUUAAUGGAGACAUUGCAACUGGAAUAAUAUUGGAUUCGUGUAAAGUUGUGAACCAUAUCUUCGAGUAUUACUAUUUCGGUGUUCUACGCACUCAUAGUUUUAUAGAGUUGAAGAAUUAUUGGCGGUACAAAGUGCCUCACAGAUAUAUUUUAUUUCGAAAUAAUCUUUUUCAAAACAACAUUGCAGAAGGGAUCUGUAUUGAAAGUGAGUUUUAUUGGUCUUCGUUAGGUCUUUUGGAAAUUCAUUUCGAUAACAAUAUUUUUUCUGGAAGCAGGCGCUCUUUUUUGUUCAAAGCUUCUUCUAGUGAUUCGUCCCAGAUAGAAUUAUUUUUCAACAACAAUACAUUCGUAAAUAAUACAUUACGAGAGAAUAACGAUAUAAUAAGCUUUAUUAACAACAAAAGGAUUUAUUAUGUCGAAGUGAAGCAUAAUUUAGUGAACGGUAAUACGGCACGGUCUUUUCUAGCUGUCUAUAAGAGACAUACAAAUGGUAAUGUCUCUUUAACUGGUAAUAAAUUCGAUGAAAAUGUCUUUUCGUCCUCCGUGAUUGAUAUUCAAAAUUACGUUCCAUUUGAAUUCCACGAAAACAUCAUUGGGUCAUCAAACAUUUAUAACUGUGCCCUAGGUGUUCCUGACUUCCAUAUUAGUUAUUAUGUCAACGCCACACACAAUUACUGGGGAACACAUUUAGCUGAAGAAGUUGUUGAAAAGGUUUGUGGGUUUGAAAAAAAUAUGAGCAAGAGUUUAGUAUUGGUGCUUCCUUAUUACGAGAACAAAAUGUUAUCCUUGAUAUCUUCUUCUGGACUUUUUCUUGGCGAUUCCUUUGGCGGGGAAAUAAAAGAAGAUCUACACAUUUCACGAGACGAGUUCAACUCAACACUUGAAAUUUUCAGAUCUAUAAUUGUUCGGGCAGAAGCACACCUUCAUAUUCGACCGGGUGUGAAAAUGUUAUUUUGGCCAAAUAGAGGGAUCUUCGUUCAAGGCACUUUAACAAUAAAUGGACAAGAUAUUGAAACAGUAUUAGAUAGCUUUGAAGAGACCUUUCCAUGGCAUGGAAUCGUUGUAAACACUACAUCUUCUAACGGGACAGGAAGAGUAGUGAUUAGUGAUGCAAGAAUCAAAAACAUGCUUUAUGGUAUUGUUAUAUACACCCCAACUGUUGACAUAAAAAGAACUCAAAUUUCUAACUGUAUGACAAGCUGCAUUACUCUGACUGAAACAAGAACAAGUACUUUUCUCGACUUUGGUGGUACUACUCUUCAAUCAUGUGGUGAUGUUGGUAUACACAAGAAAGGUGCUGGUGCGGUUGUCAUUGCGAACGCGGAUAUUCGUGACACAUCAGUUGGUAUAAAAACCGAUAUGUUGUUUGGCUCACUAGAAGUACGAUCUUGUUCAAUAUCAAACUGCACUGUUGGUAUUUAUGUGGCUUCUCAAAUUUAUGACACAGACAGUAGUGUAAGUAUUAUAAGAAAUAUUUUUAAUAGGAUUUCUUCCAAAGCUCUUCAUGUGAAAUUCGAAGAAAGAACACAGGAAAUGAACAAUACCAACCGGAAGAUUCUAGUUGAACUAAAUACAUUUCAAGACGUAUGUGGUAUAAAUAUAAAGACAUGGAACCAUGUAAUGACGUCAUUUCGUGACAAUGAAUUGAACAAUGCCAUGUGCUUAGGUAGCAGCGAAUGUUUCAUGACCGUGCUUGCAAAUGGCACUUCAACAUUUGAUCAAAAUAGAUUGAUUGAUAUAUCAUCCAAUCGUUUUGAAAACUUAAGCGCAAAAUGUAUUAUACAUAUGCAAGACGGUGCAGAUGUUGCUUUACAAAGCAUGUUUAUACAUAACAUAGUUAGAAAUAACAAGGGUAGUGAUGGUGUUAUCAAAGUGGACAGCAGAUAUUUCAAUAUAUCUCAAAAUGCAUUAGAUAAUGCUGACUCAAUAUUUGAUGUUAUAACAUCAUUGGAAGGAAAAAGUACUGUAAAUGUAACGAAAAAUUGGUGGGGUACUUCAGAUAUUAGUCACGUGCUGAGUAGGAUAUUAGACCAAAGGCGCAUACCCGAGUUGAUAAGAUUUGAAAUCGAACCUAUUUUACUGACAGGUUCUUUCAACUGCAGAAACGUUAACAAUUGUAGUUCACAUGGAGAAUGUAUAGGUCCAGAUAAUUGUCGAUGCAUUUCUGGCUGGAAAGGAAACUCUUGCCAAAGUUUUGAUUGUGGUGACGUAAACAAUUGUUAUGGAAACGGCGACUGUGCAGGACCAAACACAUGUUCAUGUUAUGAUGGAUGGUAUGGAAAUCGAUGCAUUUCCGCGGCAUGCAGUCAGGUGAAUAACUGUAGCGGUCAUGGAUUUUGUGUCGAGCCGAAUAUAUGCGUUUGUGCACUAAGGUUUACUGGAAGUGACUGUAACACUUGUGAGCCUCAUCACGGUGGACCUUCAUGUGAACCGUGUCCUGAAUGCCAACAUGGAUCGUGCAGUUCUCAGACAGGGUUAUGUGAAUGCGUGGGAAAUAAUUGGGCCGGCUACUUAUGCGAUCGGUGUAAUGAUACCUUCUAUGGACCAGACUGUUUACCUUUAGUCAAAGUUUUGGAAAUUAUCCCCAGCAGUGGACCAGAAAAGGGUGGAUAUGCAGUGCAUAUAUGGGGACAUAACUUCCAAGAAACUGUUAACGGUACUUACAAAUGUCGUUUCGGAAGUAUAGAAACGGACGGGAAAUGGUUAACAAAGAAUCACGUGGUAUGUACUGCGCCACAGCAAUCGAGAGGGCAGGUGAUUGUUGAAAUAUCUACAGAUGAGACUGAAUUUACAAAUGAUAAACUAACAUUUUAUUACUAUUCAACUUGUCCCUCUGAGUCCUGUGGUCGUAACAUGACUCCUUCACGUGGCUAUUGUUUGUUCGAUUCAUGUUCGUGCUAUUUGCCAUGGAAGGGAGAUAACUGUACUUUGAAGAUACUACCACUGAUUCUAGUAGACGUUGUGGAUGUACAAACUGUGAACGAAUCAGACAGUUACACACAGCAACUUAAAUUAAAACAGGGGGACCUUCCAGUACGUUGGUAUCUUUACCGUGGUCCCAAUGGAAUGACAGUAGAUGAGGAGACAGGCCUAGUGCAAUGGGCAAUCACCGUUGCAAAAUCCCAACCAUAUAUUGUAGAAGUUAGAGCAUCCAAUAUGAUAAGUGAAGUGUCUGCAAGAUGGUCUAUUAUGGUAGUGUUUUCGUACACAGUGUCUGUAGAACGUAUAGAACCAAGUGAAAGAAUUUUGCCGUUUCCUCGAUCAGUUAAGAUUUUUGGUAUGGUUCAGUUUGGACAGCAGAAUACACCCCGAAAGGUUCCAGUUGAAGUUAUCGUAUUUAGUCAAAGAACAAAACAUGAAACAUCUAUAAAUGUGGAAUCAGAUGAGUUAUUUCCGAGUACAUUUACUGCUAUUUAUAACCCAAGACCAGACGAUGCCGGAAUAUUUUCAGUGAGUGCUAGACAUCCCGGGAACCCGUUUGAGGCAUUGACAUUCAAUAUCACUUGGUCCGUACUCGGUAUGAUAUGUAAUCCAUUUGAAGUCGUUGUUGAUGAAAUAAUAUUCCCUGAUGAAACUUUUGUAUCAAUAAAUAAGAUAUCAACAUUGGUAAAUGUUGGUACCACUUCUAUAACUGGCAUUGAAGGGGAGGUUGAUGGGCCUCCUGGAACAUUCGUCAGGAAAUCUGGAGAUUCCAUUAAUACAUCAUUUUCUAUACAGAAGUUCAAUAUGAAUGACAGUAUCUCCUUUGAUUUGGUAAUUGCGGAUGCAAAACCUUUCCAUGGAUAUAUGUAUAUUUUAUUCACAUCAAGUCAAGGUUCUUACACUAGCAUGAGAGUAAACAUCAAACUUAAUAUCAAAAAACCUAUCCUCGUAUUAGAACCAAAUCUGAUUCGUGUAGAUGUCAUGCCAGGUUCAAUAAAGAUAGUAGAUAUUAAUAUUACAAAUAUAGGAGAAGUUUCUGCAAGAAAUGUAUCUGUAAGUCUUCCAACGGAUUCCAGAUUUUCUCUUGUGUCUUUCACGUUGGAGAAACACAAGUUAACAGAUUCAAAUUAUACAGAUAUUUUAUCAAAAGACACGGCGCUGUUAUCUAUUGCCAUUGUUAUUGGAGGAAAUGACUCAUUAGGAGAGCUUUCAGGAAAUAUUUAUAUUAAUUCUUUAUCAACUUCAAGUCGACUGCCCUUCACAAUUUAUAUAUCAUCUACGGAGACAACGAAUGUUACAUUUACUGUGAAAGAUGAAUACACUUAUUUUGCGAUCGGAUCUCCUCUUGUAACAAACGCAACAAUAACACUUUCAAAUCCUAGACGAGAAUUUUUGGAAAUAAAAACAACUGAAAAUGAAACUGGUGUUGUAAUAUUUGAGAAUGUUUACGAAGACCAGUACACGAUAUUUGUUGAGGCAGAAAAUCAUUCGUCAUACGGAGCUGUUAUUCUUAUCUCUCUCAGUGAAUCACACCAUGAAAUAUUUCUGCCACGCAUUGCUGUUAAAUACACUUGGACAGUUGAAGCAACAACUUUUAAAGAUGUUUACACCAUUGCUUUGGAAUCGACAUUCGAAACAUACGUUCCAAUACCCGUUGUUACAGUACAGCCAUCUCAUAUUGACACGUUACCUCUGGAGCAUAUGGAAACGAGUGAAAUCGAAUUUACUAUUACAAAUCAUGGUCUGAUUCAAGCAAACAAUGUUAGAUUCGCGUUUCCAACGUCUCAUCCGUAUCUAACUUUCACUUCGAUGGUUAAAAUGAUCGGAAUUCUAGCUGCGAAUACAUCUGUUGUUGUUCCUGUCAAAACUAUGCGUAAUCAAAGAGAAGAGCGAUCUUCAAGAUCUUUUUGUAUUGAUAUAUUAUUGAUUUACGAUUAUCAAUGCUCAGGCAGACAGACACGAUCUGCUCUCGUCCGGCUAACACGUGGUAACUCAGAACCUUCAUGUGGGCGUAUAUUUUUUACUGGUGGGCUUGUAUAUGGUUCUUUGAUAUUUGUUGGGUAUGCCGGAACUUCUACGCUUACAUGUGAUUGUUUAUCAACAUUGGUUGAAAGUUGCGCGUUAUCAUUUCUUCCUGGAGCUGGGUGCGCUAUAGCUAGCAAGAAUUGGUUUUCUCGAAGUCAUUCUAGGUCAGAUACCAAGGAUACUGUAAUAGGUGUGUUGGACAUAGUUAUGGGAUGUAUUGUUUCAGGAAUCAACCCAUUGAUUGGCAACUUAUAUACUGCAGCCAGAUGCGUAAUGGACGUAAAUGAGAAAUGCUUCAGUGGACGUAAACGACGGGAGAUCAAUUCCGAUAUAUUAACUGCUUUAAUAAAGUCGUCUGCUCCGAUAAUAAAUUUCCUUAAUAUGGGCCAAGAAAUUUUUGGAACGAGAUACAUAACAUUAGAAGAUACAUGGUAUACCGAAUUUAAAAGAGGUGCUGCUGAUGAUACACAGCUUGGAGCAAUGAUAUCAGAAACAGAGUAUUCUGCUAUCAUAGAUAACCUCUCCGAAGUGGAAAAGAAAAGCAAUGUGAGCAGAUUCAUUCAACGCUUUAACAACACAGUGGCUGCUUGGGAAAACGGGACUUUGUCACAACUCGAGGACAGUGGUCAAGUGAUCAGCUUUAAACGUUUACAAGCCGGUAUUGAUCAAUUUCAUAACGAUAAUGAUAAAUCUAAAGCUCUUGGAUAUGACUCCAUUUUUGAUGAAUAUGGACAGUUGGUGAAGAGCUAUCAUGAAGCAAAGAAACAAGAGAGCAGCAGUGAAGCUAGAAAGAAAGAAGGUGUUUGUGCAAGAGUUCGGAUAAGGAUUGAGCAAGAACUCGUUCUUAUAAGAGACGCAUUCAAGGCAAAAUUAGAAAUAGAAAAUGGAGAGAAAUUUGACCUUGAGAAUAUUAAAGUUGAAAUUAAAAUAAUACAAACGUUUGGGUCAGAAGAACUCCAGAACGAAAAGUUUUCUAUUGGUAAAUUAACCUUGGUUGGAAUAAGCGGCAUUGAUGGAGAAGGAAGGCUAGGACUUGGUUUGUCUGGCUCUGUCGAAUGGUUAAUCAUUCCGUACAGUACCGCUGCCCCCGAGGAUGACACGGAGUACGACAUUGGUGGUCAGUUAUCGUAUUCUGUAGAUGGGACUGAACUUUCUGUGUCUCUUCUUCCUGACACAAUAACUGUUUCACCGAAUCCAAGUCUUGUCGUUCAUUACUUCCAUGAAAAGUAUGUACGUGGAGAUGACGCUCUCACACCAGAAAUUGAGCCGAUUGUCCCAUUUACACUCGCUGUUAUGGUUAUGAAUGCGGGAUACGGUGUAGCAAAAGCCUUAAAAUUAACUUCUGGGCAACCAGAAAUUAUUGAGAACGAGAAAGGUCUUCUGGUGUCAUUUAAAAUAAUUGCAGCUCAGCUCGAAAAUCAGGCCAUAACGCCAUCUCUUACUGUCGACUUUGGUGACAUUCACUCUCAUGAGACUAAAACUGCAAGAUGGCUCAUGACGUCAUCACUUAUGGGAAAAUUCUUUAACUACAGUGCUACUUUUGAAAAUAUAAAUCCUCUUGGAGAUCCGCAAUUGUCAUUGAUUGAUAGAUUAGAAUACCAUGAUCUUGUUCAUUUAGUUAGGAUACAGUUUCCUGAUGCGGACGAUGGUUUAGAUGAUUUUCUUGUAAAUAAUUUCCCGGAUCAAGAUAGUUUUCCUGAUAUGCUAUACGACAGUGCAAAUGGUUCUUCAGUAUCACAAGUUUCAAAAGCGAAUGUGACCGAUAUUAAAUGGAAAACAUAUACAAAUCCAUCAAUGAAAGUUUACAAACAAGUUAAUCUAACCGUCAGUGUAAAAGAGGUUAUGUGGUUCUAUGCACGAAUAGAAAAUACAUUUACUAGACAACUUAGUACCAGUGAAGAUUUGCUCAAUGUCGUUACCCAGUCUGGGAGAAUUAUAUUACUAGAAAAAAAUGUAUGGCAGACAACACAUAUUUUUGACAAGUUUUUUCUUCAUUUGUUUGAUUUUGUGCAAUCAGAAAAUGAAGACAAAGAUCUGAAUGAAAAAGAAAUUAUCUAUAUAUUAACAUAUGGUCCGAAAAAUAAUAACGCUCCGCAUAUCAGUGCAUCAUCAUACAAUGUGAAUAUGACAAAUGCAGUGAAGGUGGGGUCUAACAUAGUAAAUGUUACCGCCUAUGAUAAUGAUAAUGAUAAUGUUAUGUUUGAGUUGAAGAACAAUAGUGACAACCUGUUCGCAAUUCAACAGAUCACCCAGGACUCUGUAGCAGUAGUACUAAAUGCCAGAAUAAUAUCAACUGGAACUUUUGUUGUGGAGUUGGUCGUAAAAGAUGAUGGUAUACCAACCAGAUCUUCAUCUAUAAGUAUCCAUAUAAGUAUUACAGAGGAGGGCAUUCAUGGACAUUCUACGAGAAGAACAAGCCCUCUCACGACAGAAAACCCGAUGUCAACAAAGCCCUCUGACCCGAGCAAUUCAACAGACGUGCAAAAGCCAAACACAACUACAUCAUUGGAAGCUUACGAUGAUACUGAUGAUACAUUUCCGUUGUUCAUACCCUUGACUAUUGGGGGAAUCAUCAUUUUCGUUGUCAUGGUAACUGCAGGAAUUGUGUAUUGUCUCAGGAGAGAUAGGACCGACUCUAGAAGUAACACUAUUGAACUUGAUUAAGUUUCAUUUUCAAUGUUUCGAGGAGUAUAAUAUUUCAAAAUAUAAUCUAGAUUAUUAUUCAAGUACAAGACUUUUUUUAGUUGUUUUUUUAACUCAUUACAGGACUGGAGCAGACGCUUGCAGAAAUCAUGAUCACAAAAUAGACAAAUAUAGCUUUUUUCGCCGACUCCUACAUGUUUCAUUCAUUUUCAUACAUAAAUUGGUGUGAAAAGAUUAAUUAAACCUUUUGAAGUUCAUUCCGUUGGUUGUGUGGUGCUCCACUCAAAAUCGGACGAGGCAUAUAAUUCACAACAUUAUUUCAUCUGAAUUAACGACCGCAGUAACCGAAGAAAUAUUAAAAUGUUUACAAACAUUUUAGAUUUAAUUUAAACAUAGCGACGAAGUAGACCAUAUCAUUUAUAUCAAUAUUUCACUCAUUGCUUUUAUAUAUACUCGUAUUUUAUUUUCAAAAGAAUGAUUUGAUUAUUGUUUAUAAAUAGAUUGAGACAUACGUGCUCAAUAUUGAUACAUUGUAAAAAUUGCAUAUUUUGUUUUGGAAGAAUAUGCUAUUAUUACCUAUUGUUUUAUUGAGUUAUCUCAACAUGUCUUCUGCUUUCAUCAUAAAAGAUGUAUAAAAAGCAUGUGAAAAAACUGUAACAUAAUGUAAUUAUUGGAUUCUGUUUGUAUAAUGCACGUGUGUUCAAAUGUUUAUAUGUAAAGACUGAAAUAUGAUAGAACAGUAUAAAAGUAUGUACGACAUAUGGUCAGACACUAACAUUGAUUGUCCCAUAGACUAACAUUAAAAGAAAUGGUCCCUAAUCCUAUCUUAAGAUUGAGUUUUCAUGCUUAAGAGGUGAUUUUUCUUACGUAGGGCACAAAAUGCCUGACACAUAAAAAUGAUCCAGUUAUAUAGGGGUAGACAACCCAAUUUUUGGCAAAAUGACUUCAAAGAGGAUCACCCCCCUUUUCUUUGAUUUUUUUCUGCUGAUCACAAGACUGACAUACACUUUUUAUGAAUGCAAAUAUCCAAGUCACAAAUUAUCGCGGAGACUUAUGAAAUAUUUCAUUUUCUUCAUAAAACAAUAUAGUGCUAUUUUCUAAAUUAGUUUUCAUACUUAAUAAUACCCCCAUUUUCAUCCAAUCACCGAAUAUCCAAUUGAAUCUUACGGUUUUUCCCUCUGCACUUUUUUCAGCCAAUCGCUGGCCAUGUUACAUUGCGAGACUCGGACCAUAUGUAUCGUAAAUAUAUCUAUUUAUAUACAUCCUUCAAUAAAAGAGUCAGACCAUAUAUUAAUUUUCUGAAACUUUUAAUAUGUAUUACUUACUUUCAAAUAUGAUAAUGAUUAUUUUACAUUUAUAUAUACACGUGUUCUGUUUUAUGAUUAUGAUGCACCAAUGUGAAUAUUAAAGAGAUGAACACAAAG